UGUGGUGUUGUGUGAACAUCAGUGUGUGGUCCCCUGCUGUUUCUCUCAUCAUCUGAUGUGAUGGCAGCUCGAGCAACAAGCGAGCGCGGCGGUGCGGCAGCGGCGGCGGCGGCGGCGGCAGCGGCGGCGCUGCGCACACGGAGAACGCGUCGGUGAAUGAGCGGCGGAGGUUGUGUUGUAUGUGCGUGUGAAGCGUGUGAAGCGUGUGCGUGUGGAGCGGGGAGCUGCGGAGGAUUGAAUGAACUCGGGGGAUUUGUGAAAGUCUCGUGAAAGUGCGUGACGCUGCUGCGGUUCUGCGGGUUUUCCGUCUGCGGUGCGGACCGGAGCAGAUGAUGGACCGACCCUCGGACGGCCCCGGACUCACAGCGGCUCUCCGGGUCUUGUGGAUGCUCCAAGCCCUGGACCUGGCGGGCUCUCAGGAGAUUUACGCGCCCCACUCGAUCCGGGUGGAGGGCGACGUGACGCUGGGGGGGCUGUUCCCGGUGCACGCCAGGGGGGUCCCGGGGAUUCCGUGCGGGGACAUAAAGAAGGAGAACGGGAUCCACCGGCUGGAGGCGAUGAUGUACGCCCUGGAUCAGAUUAACGGGGACGAGGAGUUGCUGCCCAACGUCACCCUGGGCGCGCGGAUCCUGGACACAUGCUCCCGGGACACUUACGCCCUGGAGCAGUCGCUGACUUUCGUCCAGGCGCUGAUCCAGAAGGACACGUCGGACGUCAGGUGCACGAACGGGGAGCCGCCGGUGUUUGUGAAGCCGGAGAAAGUUGUCGGUGUGGUGGGAGCGUCUGCGAGCUCCGUGUCCAUCAUGGUGGCCAACAUCCUGCGCCUCUUCCAGAUCCCUCAGAUUAGCUACGCAUCCACGGCCCCGGAGCUGAGCGACGACCGGCGCUACGACUUCUUCUCCCGCGUGGUCCCUCCGGACAGUUUCCAGGCUCAGGCCAUGGUGGACAUCGUCCAGGCCAUGGGUUGGAACUACGUCUCCACCGUGGCAUCGGAGGGCAGCUACGGCGAGAAGGGCGUGGACGCCUUCAUGCAGCUCUCCAGAGAAGCAGGUGGAAUCUGCAUCGCUCAGUCACUGAAGAUUCCUCACGACCACAAACCGUCGGACUUUGAUAAAAUCAUCCGUCUGCUGCUGGACACGCGUUCCUCCCGCGCCGUCAUCCUGUUUGCAUCUGACGAGGACAUCAGAGGGAUCCUGAACGCCAGUAAGCGAGCCGACCAGGUGGGACACUUCCUGUGGCUGGGCUCUGACAGCUGGGGCGCCAAGAACAGUCCCAUCCACCAGUUGGAGGACGCUGCUGUCGGAGCCGUGACGAUUCUUCCAAAGAGGGCGACCAUCAGUGGCUUCGACGCCUACUUCACGUCGAGGACGCUGGAGAACAACAGGAGGAACGUGUGGUUCGCUGAGUACUGGGAGGAAAACUUCAACUGCAAACUGAUGAGCUCGUCCAAGAGAGACGAGAGCAGCAGGAAGUGCACAGGUCAGGAACGUAUCGGCUUGGACUCCAAGUACGAGCAGGAAGGGAAGGUGCAGUUUGUGAUCGAUGCCGUGUACGCCGUGGCCCACGCCCUCCACAACAUGCAGAGAGACCUGUGUCCAGAAAACUCUGGCAUCUGUCUGGAGAUGGACCUGGCUGGAGGCAAGAAGCUGCUCAGGUACAUCCGCAGCGUCAGCUUCAACGGAAGUGCUGGUACGUCAGUGACAUUUAACCGUAACGGUGACGCUCCCGGACGCUACGACCUGUUCCAGUACCAGUGGAGCAACGUGACUGGGCCGGGCUACAGAGUCAUCGGACAGUGGACGGAGACGCUGCAGAUCAACAUCGAGGACAUGCAGUGGCCUCUGGGUGAGCGGGACAUUCCCAGCUCCGUCUGCAGCCUGCCCUGUAAAUCCGGCGAGAGGAAGAAGGUGGUGAAGGGCAUGGCGUGCUGCUGGCACUGCGAGCCCUGCGACGGUUACCAGUACCAGUACAACGAGUUCACCUGUAAACUCUGCUCCUACAACAUGAGGCCCAACGCCAACCGCACGUCCUGCCAGCCCAUCCCCAUCACCAAGCUGGACUGGCACUCGCCCUGGGCGGUGAUUCCAGUUUUCCUGGCGAUGCUCGGCAUCAUUGCUACAAUAUUCGUCAUGGCUACGUUCAUACGGCACAAUGACACGCCGAUAGUCCGCGCAUCCGGCCGGGAGCUGAGUUACGUUCUCCUCACUGGGAUAUUUCUGUGUUACAUCAUCACGUUCCUCAUGAUCGCCAAGCCAGAUGUCGGCGUGUGCUCGUUCAGAAGGAUCUUUCUGGGUCUGGGGAUGUGCAUCAGCUACGCCGCCCUCCUCACCAAAACCAACCGCAUCUACCGAAUCUUCGAACAGGGGAAGAAGUCGGUGACGGCGCCCAGGCUGAUCAGCCCCACCUCACAGCUGGCGAUCACCUCCAGUCUCAUCUCCGUGCAGCUGCUGGGCGUGUUGAUCUGGUUCGGGGUGGAUCCACCCAACAUCAUCAUAGACUACGAAGAGCAGAAGACCAUCAACCCAGAUCUGGCCCGAGGCGUGUUGAAGUGUGACAUCACAGAUCUGCAGAUCAUCUGCUCGUUGGGUUACAGUAUCCUACUGAUGGUGACGUGUACUGUUUACGCCAUAAAGACCCGCGGCGUCCCCGAGAAUUUUAACGAGGCCAAGCCCAUCGGGUUCACUAUGUACACCACCUGCAUCGUCUGGUUGGCUUUUAUACCCAUCUUCUUUGGCACAGCACAGUCUGCAGAGAAGCUCUACAUCCAGACGACCACCUUGACCAUCUCCAUGAACCUCAGUGCGUCCGUGGCCCUCGGGAUGCUCUACAUGCCAAAAGUCUACGUGAUCAUCUUCCACCCAGAGCUCAACGUGCAGAAGAGGAAACGCUCGUUUAAAGCCGUUGCCACGGUCGCCACCAUGUCGUCCCGACUCUCCCACAAGGCCAGCGACCGGCCCAACGGCGAGGCCAAGACGGAGCUGUGUGAAAACGUGGACGCCAACAGCUAAUCUCAUAUUAAUCUGAGGUCGAGCAGCGAAGAAGAAGAAGAGCGUGAGCUACAACGACCUCGUGAUCUGACGGCGUUCCUCCAUCACAACCACGAACUGAGCGACAGGAGGCGUCUGUUGGAGCAAAGGAUCUUUUCAGUUCUUUCCUUUUUCCGUCUCAUGUGUUUCACCACAGACGCUCGGACGCUGGAGCAAAGCAUUGUGGGACGCAGACGUUGACUCGAUCAGAGGAACGGUGAUGGAGGAGGAGGAGUUUUUAAGAAGAGGACGAUGCGAUGGUGGGAAAUAUUUGAGAAAACAAAAGAUCAAACAGAAUCUUUUUGUUUUGUCGUGGCUGAGAACAAACGGCGGCGGACUCGUCUCAUCACAGCUCAGACGGCUCAGAAUCGUCCGUGCGUCCUGACGUGGCGUGGCGUGGCGUGGCGUGGCGUGGCGUGACCUGACCUGACCUGA